ACCCACCCCGGACCAGGCACCACCAUGCCCAAGUGCCCCAAGUGCAACAAGGAGGUGUACUUUGCUGAGCGGGUGACCUCCCUGGGUCAGGACUGGUAUCGCCCUUGCCUGAAGUGUGAGAAAUAUGAAAAGACGCUGACCUUGGGGGGUCACGCCGAGCAUGAAGGUAAGCCCUAUUGCACCUACCCCUGCUACGCGGCCAUGUUCGGCCCCAAAGGCUUCGGGCAUGGUGGGGCAGAGAGCCACACUUUCAAGUAA